AUGUCACUCUUCAAAACCCAGCCCCCAACCCCCGCCGACGCAACACUCAGCUACCCAUCACCGCACAUCCUCCUAGUAACGCUCAACCGACCCCGCGACCUAAACUGCAUAAGCGCCCAAGGCCACGCAGACCUACACGCCCUCUGGGAAUGGCUAGACACCGAGCCGAGCCUGCGCGUCGGCGUGCUGACAGGCAAAGGGCGCGCGUUCUGCGCCGGCGCCGACCUCAAGGAAUGGAACAGCCGCACGUCUGAAAGCAGCGGGUCUAGCGCGACGACGCCGAUGCCGAAUAGCGGGUUUGGCGGGCUGGCGCGGCGCAAGGGCCGCAAGCCGGUGAUUUGUGCGGUGAACGGGAUCUGUCUGGGUGGGGGCACGGAGAUGAUCAUUAAUAGUGAUCUUGUUGUUGCUGCGUCGCGGGCUGUGUUUGGGUUGCCGGAGGUGAAGAGGGGUGUUGUUGCGCUUGCUGGGGCUUUGCCGAGGCUUGUGAGGACUGUGGGGAAGCAGCGGGCUAUGGAGAUGGUUCUUACGGGGCGGAUGGUUGGGGCUGCUGAGGCGGAGAAGUGGGGGCUUGUUAAUUGCGUUGUUGAUGUUGGGAAGCCUGGGAAGGGGGAUGAGGCGGAUGAGGCUGUUUCGAGGCUUGUUGUGGAGAAGGCUUUGGAGAUUGCUGGGGAGAUUGCGGGGAAUAGUCCUGAUGCGGUGCUUGUUAGUCGGGAGGGAGUGAAGCUGGGAUGGGAGGGGAUUGGGGCUGAUGAGGCGACGGCCAUGUUGAAUGAGACUUGGGUUAAAAGGUUGUAUGAGGGGGAGAAUAUCAAGGAGGGACUCCUGGCGUUUGUGGAGAAGAGAAAGCCUGUUUGGGCUGAUAGUAAACUGUGA